GGGGCGCGGCGGGGGACACGGCGGCCGCCGCGGGGCUCGAUCGGGCGGCGACGGCGGCGACGGCGACCGGUUCUCCCACUCCUUCACUCUCUUGCUGCUCCUUUUUUUCCUCCUUUCCUUUCCGGCCGGGUCUCGUCCACUUCCCUAGCUGCGGCCCCGAUCCUACGUAAAGGCAUGACUUCCCGGCACCGCAGGGAAAACAGGGUGCAAGCCCAGAAGCUAUUUCUCCACCACCACUUGUUGAAAAACUGAUUUGAAGGCAUCUCAGGGCUUGAACAAACGAAAAGUGCCAACAUUUCCUGAGUCUCUGUUUUUGCGCUGGAGACCUUUCUAAGUAUCAUAACGAAAAAAACUGGAAACUAAUCCGAACCUUAUUCAAAGUCAGAAUGGAAAGAUUUGUAGUGACAGCACCACCUGCUCGAAACCGUUCUAAGACUGCUUUGUAUGUGACUCCUCUGGAUCGAGUCACUGAGUUUGGAGGUGAGCUGCACGAAGACGGAGGAAAACUCUUCUGCACUUCUUGCAAUGUGGUUCUGAAUCACGUUCGCAAGUCUGCCAUUAGUGACCACCUCAAGUCAAAAACUCAUACCAAGAGGAAGGCAGAAUUUGAGGAGCAGAAUGUGAGAAAGAAGCAGAGGCCUCUAACUGCAUCGCUUCAGUGCAACAGUACUGCGCAAACAGAGAAAGUCAGUGUUAUCCAGGACUUUGUGAAAAUGUGCCUGGAAGCUAACAUCCCGCUUGAGAAGGCUGAUCAUCCAGCAGUCCGUGCUUUCCUGUCUCGUCAUGUGAAGAAUGGAGGCUCCAUACCUAAGUCAGAUCAGCUGAGAAGAGCUUAUCUGCCUGAUGGAUAUGAGAAUGAGAAUCAACUCCUCAACUCACAAGAUUGUUGACAAGGAGGUCACCACCACUGUGAUCAAGAUAAAUGUGGAGUAUUAAAGUUGUGUGUUGAUUGUGUGGUUCAUUUUUAUAUUUAUUUCAUUUAAAAUCAUGUGAUGCAGAAUAGUUUUGCAAUGUGUAUAUAGUUGCAGGCAAAACAAAAAAAACCUCACUGCAAAACUAAAUAAUUUUAGUCACCAGUGGUGUAAAGCAAAACUUAGGGUUUAGAGUGUGCUAGGAUACCUGAAACCUGGUGGUUAUCUUUAAAAUUGAUGGUUUUCUCAUGAAAUGUUUGUGCAUGGAAGAACUGCCCUGCUUUUUUACCCUGUUGCCAUGUAUGAUUAUUCCUUGUGAGACUACUUAAUACUGGAUUGAACACUAGCCUAGGAAAUUGAAGCUGCUGCCAAGCAACACCACUCACAGUAACUUAAAGGAAUUAUUUCUGAUUAGAAGAUCCUCUUCAGAAAGGAAGGGAUGGUGGGAAACUGUUCUUAUGUCUUUGGAUCCCUUGCAGAAAAUGACUGGUUAUUUCAAACUAUGCUUUACUUGUAUAUGAUGUAGUUAUCUUAAUGAUCCCUCAGUUCCUCACUGUCUUUUCCCCUCUUUUUAAAGGCUUAUUGUUGUAUUUAGUAGCAGCUUCAAGUGACCAGAAGACUCAAAUCUUUUUUUUAAUGUCAGUGCCAAAGCCAUGGGAAGUAUUGCAGUGACAUGAUAAUAGUCGCUUAUAAAUACAAAUUUUUGAACUAUAGCUUUCAUUUCAAGCACUUCGCAUUGAAUUUGCAAGCUUUUCUUUUAUGUCUUGAUGUUAAAGCUUUCACGAUUGGCAUUUUAAUUUAAACAGGUAUACAUUUUAUGAUUUUUUCUGUUUUUAUAAAAAAAUUGUAAUUACAUUUGGGCUGACAGAUGAGCUAAUAAGUUACUUUCUUUAGUCUUUCCAUAUGAUUUUAUGAAAUUAGGUAGACUAGAAACAAGUUUACUUUUAUGUGCUUUGUCUCUUAUGGUACAAGGUUUUUAAAUAUAGAUGGUAAAUAAUUGUCUAGAAUACUGGCACGAUGUUUUUAGUAGAGAUCUGGCAGUAUCCUGCAUAACUAUUUGGGUGAGGAAAUAAUCAGUUCUGUUAAAGGUCAGCCAUGUUCAGGAAAUGAUCUCUAUCUGAACCUCAGUAUCCUAUAAGGUCAUCAGAGCAGCUUAGCCCAGUUAAUGUCCUCUCUGUUGGAGACCCAAGUUAUAUUUUUUUAAAAGUGAACAGCUGAAAACUUGGACUAGAGCUUAAAAAAUCUUAAAGUCCUUGAAAACAUUCAAGCUAAAAAUAAUUAUAAAAUAUAUUUCUGUUGCAAAGCACUGACAAAUAAUGCCCUAUGUGACCUGGAGUUUGAGGUCAUUUCACCACAAAUCUUCGUUUGGAGAAAAAGCCAAAGUGAAAGGAAAAGGUUAUAUUUUUCAGAAACAGCUUUUAAUGUCUGAGUUUCUUUUACAGACUUAAAUUCCUAGGUCAGAUUGUCAAAGUGCCUGUCUGAUUUUAGCUUUUAUGUGGGUAUUUUGUCUUCAUUUUAAAAUAAGCCUGCCACCAAAAAAAAAAUAACAUCAAAAUUUGAAGUACAAGUUUUUCUCAUGUUCAGUUACAUGUUAAAGUAGCAAAACAAAUGCCUAGAGUAGUGCUCUCAUUGAUAAAGCACAUACGUGAAGAGUCCAGCAGCAAAAUGUGCUUUGCUUUUACUUACUCUAAUAAGGAAUUUGUAGGCAACCAUGUUUAAUUUGAAUUAUCUAAGAUCUAAAGAGUUAGAAAAUGGGUUUUUACAGCACUAUUCAGAAUACAAAAAUAGGGUUAGAUAUACAAUCACUCUAAUUUUUCAAACUUGUACAUGAUUGAGACCAUUCCCUAUUGUUUGGAUAUCAAUCUGCACUAACAGCAAAUAUGUAGUGGCAAAACAGUUUGAGUAGUCCUAAACCAUAAAAUGGAUGACAUUGCACUAGAAAAACACCAGUAAUUCACAUUUGAGUUUCUACUUAUUACUGACUUGAUCAUUUAGGUCCCAUAUAUUUUAAUGAAUUUAUCUUAGGAUCCUAAAUAUCCCCACGUACACUGUAACUAGGGGCAUAAUCUAUCCUCCUGUUAGGAUUAUACUGAUUCCAUGUCCUUAGAAAUGUUUUCCAUCCUGUUGUGGAGGUUUAAUAUGUUUCUUUAUUGAUUAUGAAACCUGUUACCUGAAACUGGUCAACUUUGUCUCAAAGUUAAAUGGAUAAUGCAGAAUUAUUGUUUUAGCCUGCUCAAACUGGUACAAAUCCGUGAAACCAUGGUUGGCAUAUGUUAGAUAAUGAGAAUGUCGUAGAGGCAUAUGCUGCUGUGGCAGUGUAGUGGAUGUGUGUACAGAAGAUUUCAAACUUAACUAUAUAGUAGUAGUGUGAUGCUAUACUAUUGGAAAAAUAGGUUUUUUUCUAUUUUAUAAGUUGUAUGCUUAAACAAGAUUUGUAAUGUUUCAUUUAUAAAAUGCCUUCUUCAACACAUGCUUACCUGUUAAUAUUGUUUUCUCGAAGUAUGAUAGUGUGUCUUCCAGAAUUUCACUAUAUGCUUAGAGUAAAUAGUUCAUAGCUUGUUGAAAUGUUAAAAUUCUUUGUUGGUUUGUUUUGGUUCUAUGGGGCAUUUAGCGAGCUUGAAGGACAUUAUAAUCAUUUAAUUACAGAGUGAAAAUUUAGAAAGUUUGUGUAUGAGAACCUAGUUAUUUUAUUCAUUAUCAUCUAUGAGUGAGACUUAAAAAAAAAAAAAACAAAUGUUACUUCCAGUUAAUGCAUUUGGCCCUACUGAAUUUUAAGGGACCAGAGAACUUUAUAAAGAGAAAGUUCUGCAUCUUACAAUUGUAACCAAUUAAGUAUCGGCUUGGGCUUGGGAUUAUUCUGAAGUAUUCAUUGCAUAAAAACUAUUGUAACAGUUGGCAAGGUCUCCAAGCAGAAAGUUCUAUGUUAAAACUUUUGCCUGAAAGAAUUUGUAUGUGAAUGUUAAUGGAAAACACAUUUAAACAAAAUAAAAUUUUAAGGUGGCCCGAAACGAAAGUCACAAUUCAUUUGGUGCUUAGUCUUUUGAAGGCCUCUGUGUUUUGGCUUGCCCUGACUGCUUUUAAAUAUAAGUACAAAUCACCCUAAAAUUCGUUCAUCGAAUAGAAGGUUUGUUCUAUAAUUUCAUUGAAAAUCUUAACCUGAAAUAAGUUGCUUUAGCUUCUGGUCAGAACUGAUUAAAAUGUGAAUAGCAAAGUGGCUUUCCUAAUCCUUGCUUUAUCUGAAUCCAUCCUAUCAUAGACUUCUGAGGUAAAUACAGUUCUUAUCUAGUGGUAUUCUACGUGUAACCAGAAUACUGUAUUCAUUAAAAUUUUACUAUGUUCA